AUGUCGAUCCCCGAGAAGUUCACCGGCUUCCAGGUCAAUAGUGCCGAGACAUGGCAAGACUUCAAGAAGCAGGAGUUUGACCCCAAGCCGUUUGGCGACUACGACGUCGAUAUCAAGAUUGAGUGCUGCGGUGUCUGCGCCAGUGAUGUUCACACGAUCAAGGGUGACUGGGGUGCUCAGCCCUACCCUCUGGCCGUCGGCCACGAAAUCGUCGGAAAGGCCCUGAGAGUCGGCUCCAAGGUGACCAAGAUUAAGGAGGGCUCGCGUGUCGGUGUCGGAGCCCAGUCCUACGCCUGCCUCGAGUGCCGUCAGUGCAAGAACGAUAACGAGACAUACUGCAAGCACCAGCUUGACACCUACGGCUCGACGUUCCCCGACUCCGGCGCAAUCUCCCAGGGUGGCUACUCCUCUCACGUUCGCACACACGAGCACUGGGUCUUCCCCAUUCCUGAGGCCCUUCCCAGCACUAUGGCUGCUCCCAUGCUUUGCGCUGGCCUGACAGCUUACAGCCCUCUGAUCAGAAACGGUUGCGGCCCUGGGAAGAAGGUCGGCAUUGUCGGUAUCGGUGGCAUCGGUCACUUUGGUGUCAUGUUUGCCAAGGCUCUGGGCGCUGAGGUCUGGGCCAUUUCCCGAUCGCGAUCCAAGGAAGCGGACUCUCUGAAGAUGGGCGCCGACGGCUACCUGGCGAGCGGUGAGAAGGGCUGGAACGAGCCCCACAAGAUGACCUUUGACCUCAUCCUCAACACGGCUAACUCAUUCGAGGGCUUCGACCUGUCUGCCUACCUCAGCCUUCUUGAUGUCCACGGGAAGUGGGUGUCUGUUGGUCUCCCUGGUGGCGGUGGUAUCACCGUUCGCAACCAGGACUUCCUCCCUAACGGCUGCUUCAUUGGCAGCUCCCACUUGGGCAGCAGACGCGAGACCUUGGAGAUGUUGCAGCUCGCUGCUGACAAGGGCAUCAAGACGUGGGUGCAGGAGGUUCCCAUCAGCGCUGAUGGUUUGAGGUCGGCGAUGAACGGCAUUGAGGAUUCUAGCGUCCGCUACAGAUACUGCCUAACCAAUUACGAGGAGGCGUUUGGCCAGUAG